AUGACGACCACCAUGACUUCGACCACCUCGCCACUCUCGUCGCAGCACGAUCCCUCGCAGAGUCUCGCGGUUUUGCCUCCUAUAAUCACAGAUGGCACCGUCAAGCCGCAGCCGCCAAUUCGACAGCGAUCGUCGUAUGCGAAAGAUCGCCUUUCCACGCAAUCCAACAUCUCCCUCGCCUCCCAAAACCGGUCGCGUCCGGGAUCGCACGUCUUCCCCAUCUUCCACUCCAGCUUGCCGUACUCGCUCGUUCGGGAUUUCGCCUACCCUUCGAUCCAUCCGCUCCACUAUGGCCCGUUGCCACCACGUGCUUCGGGAAUGUCCUCCCCGGUGAGCGAACACCGACGUCUGUCAGACCCCCCGGCUCCAUGGGACACGUCGCGUGGGCAGUGGUCAACCGGACCAUGGAGCACAGACCAUAGCUAUGGGCAUCAACAACUCCCUGCGAUGUCGUUCGGCGACGGGCCUCCAUACAGCGAAGAUGAAGACUUGCACAGUCCGGUAUUUACGACGCCCCGACACCGAAAGAAUAAGUCGACCGGAACGGAUUUGAAUGGACACAAGAGCAGGAACCCCAAUGAUCAGGGCGGCAUGGACUAUUUCGGCGGCGCGGAACGCGGAACGUUUGUCAGUAUGAACGCAGAUGGCAGUGAGACGUACUAUGUGAACGAUGAGGAUGCAGCCGACGACGGGCCCGGUGGUGAAUACGUCACUUAUCCGGCCUCCGAGAGCCGAUAUUCGCACGCCGGUGCCUACGAAGGAUACCAGGGCUAUGAGCCGGAGUCGUUCGACUCGGAGGAGGAUUAUGGAGGGGACCGUUACUCUCGAGAUUUCCAAUUCGCCGUAGGAUGUCCUGACGAGGAGAUGCAUGGGAAGGCCGUUGCCCUGUUUGAUUUCACUCGGGAGCACGAGAAUGAACUUCCCCUGACGGAGGGCCAGGUGAUCUUUGUCUCAUACCGACACGGCCAGGGCUGGUUGGUUGCCGAGGAUCCUAAAACCGGCGAGAGCGGCCUGGUGCCGGAGGAAUUCGUGCGGCUACUUCGAGACAUCGAGGGAGGGUUGACGUCGCUGAAUGGAGAGUCCGACGUCGAAUUGACUGGGAACCACACGCAACACGUCAGCCCGGAUUCAACCGACUCCCAGCAAGCCAUCACACCCACUCAAGAUGACCAGGAUGCACUGAGAUCUGGCAACGAGUUGACGCAAGCCAUCGCCAAUGGGCAGACAACCCAGGAAGGUCAGACGGUCACCGCGGGUGGGGACUCGAAUUCGAACACAUCACAUACUCUCCAAUCCCCAUCCCAACAAGGGGCCUCGGCAACGGAACCAAUCUCAGAGAACAAAUCAGAGGAUAUUACGAAGUCAUGA